AUUGUCCAGGGUUGGCUCCUCGGGGAGAGCGGGGGAAAGAGAGACUUUUCCAGGGAAAGCACUUUAAAGCUGGAUCCCUGGUGAGGUUUGCAGUUCCUCUCCCCACCCUCAGGGUCCCUCCCCUCCCCUCCCCUCCCGCCCCUGGGAGCUGGCCCUGGCCGGCUAGGACAGGAGAGGAGCCAGACAGCGGCUGGCGGGGGGUGGGUUUAAGCCCUUUGCCACGCCCCCUCCGAGCGGAGCAGUCCGGAGCUCUGGUCUCAAGCUGGUGGAGGCUCCCUCCCUUCCUCCCUCCGGUCCCUGCGAGGUCCUCGGGCGCUCUCUCCUGCACCCACCGCUGACAUGGCUGGAAAAGUACAUAGACUGAGUGCUGAGGAGAGAGAACAGCUGCUGCCGAACCUGCGGGCCGUGGGCUGGAACGAGCUGGAGGGCCGAGAUGCCAUCUUCAAGCAGUUCCAUUUCAAGGAUUUUAACCGGGCCUUUGGGUUCAUGACAAGAGUCGCGCUACAGGCUGAAAAACUGGACCACCACCCGGAAUGGUUCAACGUGUACAACAAGGUCCACAUCACCCUGAGUACCCACGAGUGUGCCGGCCUGUCGGAAAGGGACAUUGACCUGGCCAGUUUCAUUGAACAGGUGGCCCUGUCUCUGGCUUAAAGCGUCUCCUCGCCGUCUCUUCCACUUGCUGCCCGGGGAAGAUAGGAGUUUGGGGGAGGGAGGGAUGACACAGGAAACUAUACAGUGAAUGGAUCAGACUCGGGGGUUGUAGGAGGGUAGGUGGGGAAUGAACACAAGGAGGGGCAGCGUGUGGACCAUGAAAUGUUCCCGUUUUCAGCACUAGACCCUGUCUUUUUGCCCAUUCCCUCGCCUCCUGCGGGUUGUGUGCAGAAAUUGUGCCAAAUUUCUGGCAUCUAGAGCGUUGGGCUGAGAGACAGCCAAGAUUUCUUCCCUUCUCAUAUCCUGAGUCCAAGAGUGAAGUGAUGAUUUCUUCCUGCUGGUCUGUUUAACAUUUCACCAUAAAUUACUGAAAUAUAACUAGGAGGCCGCUAACAAUGUCCCAUCCCCUGAAACUUGGAGAAACAAAAACUCAAUUGUAAUGAACAAAUGUGACCUCAUAUCUCAAAUAAAGCUACCUGUAAAUGGA